AUGUCGCCGUUGCCUGAACAAGAGGCAAAGCUUUCAACAAGGACUUUUUGGGAGUUGAAGCAGAUUUUUUCCGCAGCGUCUUGUCCCCUCUUUCCAGAUGUUUUCAUCUUUGCCCUCAUCCCCGUCGCAGUAGUCAUGUACAUGGUCGGAGGAUAUUACCUUAUUUUGGCUCCGGGAAACAUGUACAACGCCAUAGUGAGCGAAGACUGGCGCAUGUUUCGCGAGCAGCUGACAAAUUAUGCCGCCUGGACAACGGCCGUCCUUGUGAUAAAGGUCGGACGGGGAGUUUUGCGAGAAUCCUCUGCUAACCAUUUACGGAACCGACUCACUUCUAAACUCCAUGAUCUCUACAUGGGAUCUUCUGAUCAAGAAAAGGGAUUCGGAGCAUCCCCGUAUUACACGGUGGCCAUCCAACAAAAGCUAGACAAUCCAGACCAAAGGAUCGUUGCGGACGCAAGAGAGUUUUCCUCCUCUUUACUCAACAUCUUCGCUGGCGGUUCGGCCACGAGUGCAGAUACUGGAGGCCUUAUUGAAGCCUUUGCUUCUAUAUUCUUCUAUUCGCGGCAGACUCUUCUUAGAACUGGGUGGUACGGAAUUUUGGUGGCCUACGUUUGGUCCCUUGUAGUUGGCCUGCUGUCAAUUUAUGUGAUAAACCGUACGUCACCAGCCUUAUACCGACAGGAAAUGCUCGAAGCCGACUUUCGCUUUGGUCAUACGGAGCUGAGGCAAUGCGCCGAAGAAGUAGCCUUCAUGGGUGGUGCCCCGUUUGAAAAAAGGAAGCUUUCUCGCCGCCUUGGACGAGCCGUGUCAAACAUGUGGGUUGUCAUUGUGAGGCAUAUCUUUCUCAAUGUCGUGCAAUACGGUUUUGGCUACUACAUUUCUUUGGUCAUGUACUUGGCUAUUGCCCUCGCCGUUCAUACCAAUGUCUUCUCUAGCUCAGGGGCAUCGUUUUCGUCUGAUAUGACGCCAGGGGAGAAAGCGCAAUGGGUAUCCCAAACAGGAGGAAUUUUUAUUCAGCUUUUGUAUGCAUUCACAAUGGCAAUACAGCUUUCAUCCGCAAUUUCCAUUCUCGUCUCGAACACCAGCCGUGUUUCGGCAAUCAUCACAGAGCUGGAAGGGAAUGAUGAGUAUCGCCGUGACGCACAGAACCCAGAUCUUGAACCUCUCAUACGGCUCGACAGUGGAGACCGACCAAGCGUCACUUCGUGUGCUCUUUCGGAAGGAAUAUCUGCGCACGGCCUCUGCAUACACCUGGGAACGAAAGCAUCGGUGGGACCAAUCUCUUUUUCGAUGAAGCAAGGAGAGUGGCUGCUCAUAGAUGGACCUAGCGGUUCAGGCAAAACGAGCAUUCUUAGAGCUCUGCGAGGGCUGUGGGUGCCAUCGUCGGGAUCCAUAAGAAUCCCCACAGACGAGAAAGAGGUGAUGUUCGUCCCACAAGUCCCUUACAUUUCUUCAGGCGCAUGUACGUUGCGACAGUUGGUCAUGUAUCCACAGCAAUGCGACUACUCGCCCGACGAAACAAGGCGUGUAAUAUCAGCGCUGGGGGCUGUCGGAUGGCGACGUGGGAGCCGGGAGAGCGAGCUUGACAAGGAAGAAGAGUGGUCAGCGCGAUUGAGCCCCGGCGAGGCGCAGCUUCUGGCCAUGGCUCGCGUCCUAGAAAGAAGACCAGCGUAUGCUGUUCUAGACGAGCCGACUUCGUCGAUGGACAUCGAACACGAGAGACAAGUGCUAACAGCGUUGAAGCAAGCCGGGAUUUCAGCGCUCACGGUCGGGCAUAGACAACAUGACAGUUGUUUUGAGGGUGCGUGA